AUGCGGCGGGUUUUUACUGUCUUAGUUUUGGCACUUUUUGCGUUUUCAGCCGUAGAGUCUAGUAGAAGAAGCCGUUUGUUCCAGAAAUUCUACAAAAAACCAGUCAACUAUGAUGCAGAAAUCAUCCCAAAAAAUAUCGAGGUGGUCUGGUACAAAAACAUGCGGUUGGAUCAUUUCACAUGGGGAGACACCAGGACUUUUGAUAUGAGAAUAAUGUGGAACAACACCUUCUACCAACCGGGCGGUCCCAUCUUCUUCUACACUGGAAACGAGGGAGCAGUGUCGACAUUCGAAGUUGCGACUGGAAUGAUGUUUGACCUGGCACCAAUGUUCAAUGCUUCCAUCAUUUUCGCCGAGCACAGAUUCUACGGAGCCACUCAGCCAUUCGGAAAUCAAUCUUAUGCUAAUCUAGCCAAUGUUGGAUACUUGACUAGUGAACAGGCUCUGGCUGAUUAUGCAGAACUUUUGACUGAGUUGAAGAGAGACAAUAAUCAAUUCGGGAAGACGUUCCAUAGGGAUUCACAAGUCAUUUCUUUCGGUGGAUCUUACGGUGGAAUGCUGUCCGCUUGGUUUAGGCAAAAGUAUCCACAUAUUGUCAAGGGAGCUUGGGCUGGUUCGGCACCUCUGAUUUACAUGCACGAUGGAGGUGUGGAUCCAGGAGCAUUCGAUAAUAUCACAUCAAGAACUUAUGUUGAGAAUGGAUGCAAUAGGUUUAUUCUGGCAAAUGCUUGGAAUGCAGUUCUCAAUCUUUCCUCUACUGAUUCUGGUCGUGCGUGGCUCAACAACAACCCAGUCUUCAAGCUAGAUCCACGUACUCCAAUCAACAAUCAAACUGAUGGAUGGAAUCUCAACGCCUACAUGCGUGAAGCCAUCGAAUACAUGGCAAUGGUUGACUAUCCAUACCCAACCGGGUUCUUGGAGCCUCUUCCAGGUUGGCCGGUUACUGUAGCAUGCGGAUAUAUGAACGCCACUGGAGAAUCAUUCUCUGAUCAGGACUUGGUGACAGCAGUGGCCAAUGCAGCAAAUGUUUAUUACAAUUAUAACCAAAAUGCCAAUUUCACCUGGUGCAUUGAUUUUAAUAUUUGUGGAGAUCAAGGAACCGGAGGACUUGGGGAUGAUGCUCUCGGAUGGCCAUGGCAAGAAUGCUCGGAAAUCAUAAUGGCGAUGUGUGCAUCUGGAGGAGCUAAUGACGUCUUCUGGUCUGAAUGUGGAGAUAAUAUUUAUGAUACGCUGAAGCAGGGAUGUGUUUCGAUUUUCGGAAGUAUGAAGUGGACAACAGCCAACUGGAAUAUUGAUGCAGUAAAGACGCUCUACGGAUAUGACUUGAGUGGAUCCAGUAACCUAAUCUUAACGCAAGGACACCUUGACCCAUGGUCUGGAGGCGGUUACAAAGUCGACCAAACCAAUACUGCCCGUGGAAUCUAUGUCAUGGAAAUUCCCGGUUCUGCACAUCAUUUAGAUUUGAGACAACCAAAUACUUGUGAUCCGAAUACAGUGGUUAAUGCUAGAUAUCAGAUCGUUCAAAUCCUGAAAUGCUGGGUUGACGUAAACUGCAACACCAUCCCAACCAUCUCUCCUCUUCCAACUCUCUCCAUUCCGAACGUCGAGUGCAAAGACAGAAUCGGAGAGUAUCCAUGGGGACAAACUGACAAGGCAGCCGCGACGUCUUCUAUUCUAAUGUCUUGUAUUCUGGCACUUGUCUAUUAUAUGUUCUAG